UUUCCCCUUAACUCAGAAACCUUUCAGCAGCAACAAAAAUUUUCCCAAGAAAAGAAAAACAAAAAUCACCACGAAAUUCCUUUCUCAGUCAUGGAAAAUUUGAUAACAACGUACAAAGACGAUGACGAUACAGAUGAUACUUCUAGUAACAACAACAAUCAUGUUCCAAGUGAUAAUCUCACUCCCAACGAAACCCUAACGCCUAUUUCUGAAGCCAUGGUCACCGAAAAAAACGAAAAUUCUUCCCCGAAACAAGAAGUUAAAGAAGAAACCGAAAUCUCAACAGAGAUGAGCGAGGAUGUCGAAUUAACUGAAGAUGAAAACCUAACUCAGAAUCAGCAAUUAUCCUCUGAAAAAGUUACAACUACUCUGUCAGACGACGAAGAUGAAGAAGAUGAUGCUAAUGUGAUAAAUAGCCCUAGAAAAAAGAGAAGAUCUCUUGCUUCGUUCACAGAUAAUGAUCAAUUAACUGCUGUAAUCACAUCUAAUCAAGUAGAAGAAGAGGAUGAAGAGGAAGAAGAAGGAGAAGAAGAAGAAUCAAAGAAAUUGGAACAGAUUCCUCUUCCAUCAUUGACAGCACCAACAGUGAAGAAACCUAAGAAGAAAAUAAGCAAAGCUAAUAGCGUUUGGACAAAACCAACAUCAAGAAAGGGUAAAAAGAAGAAUAAAUCUAAUGGUAAUGGCAAUGGGAGUUGGAAUUGCAACGGAAACAACAAUGGUAAUCAUCAUAAUGUGGUUUCUGCAGCUGAAGAUACUGUUUUGAUUACUCCGAUUCCUCGAUUUCCUGAUAAGAAUGAUGAUUCAGUAGACAUGAAGAUAUGCCUAUCUAAGGUGUACAAAGCUGAGAAAGUUGAACUAACUGAUGAUAGAGUAUCAGCUGGAAGUUCUAAAGGGUAUAGAAUGGUUAGGGCAACAAGAGGGGUCGUUGAAGGAGCUUGGUAUUUUGAAAUUAAGGUUGUAAACCUUGGGGAGACUGGACAUACCAGAUUAGGUUGGUCUACUGAUAAAGGAGAUUUACAGGCACCUGUUGGGUACGAUGGAUAUAGUUUUGGGUAUAGAGAUGUGGAUGGAAGUAUAAUUCACAAAGCUCUUAGGGAGAAAUACGGGGAAGAAGGUUACGUCGAAGGUGAUGUAAUAGGCUGUUACAUUAAUCUGCCUCAGGGAGGUUUAUAUGCUCCAAAACCAGUGCAUUUAUUUUGGUAUAAAGGCCAGAAAUAUUCUUCAACACUGGAGGCGAAGGAUAAGGAAGAGGUGGCCAAAGUGGUACCUGGAAGUGAGAUAUGCUUCUUCAAAAAUGGAAUAUUUCAAGGAGUCGCUUUCAAGGAUCUGCCCGGGGGACGCUACUACCCUGCUGCUUCUAUGUACACGCUCCCUAACCAACCAAACUGUGUGGUCAGGUUCAAUUUUGGCCCUGAUUUUGAAUUUUUCCCCCAAGAAUUUGAAGAUCGUCCGAUACCCACUGCGAUGAUUGAAGUUCCUUAUCAACAAGUUGAAGCUAGAGUAGAGAACGGUGAAUCGGUUGAGAAAUAAUAGUGGCAGAGCUUCCUUUAAAACAUCGUAUCCUAGUAUGGCUAAGAAGUUUUCUUUAUGAUCCGUCUUUACGAGCAAUUGCGUUUCCCACCUGAAAAUCGAGACAAAAACCUCUCGCUUUUCUGUUUUGGGUUUGAUCAUGCUAUGGCAGGUAUGAGGAAAUUCUCUAUGCUUCAAAAGUCUGUCUUACAUUUUUGAGUGGAACAGAGAGGACGGCAGUAAUAAUUUGUUUUAUAAGCUGUGUCAGGUAUCAAUUCUACAUGAUUCCUACGUGGACUCGGUAAUACAGCGUGAUUUAUGAAUUGUAUCAUUUCUACAUGCAAGGAAAUAUAGCAUAGUGGAUCUGAAGGGGGGAUGAAAUGCUGGUAGUAGGCCUUGAAGUUAUUCAUAUGGUUGUGGUUUAGGAAUGGAACAAGGUGAUAUUCUUUGCACAAUUGUCAUUUAAGGGGUUUCCUUUUCGAUUUCUGGAUUAUUGUCUGUUUGAGAAGUUUGGUGCGACUGUAAGUAGUUUGAUGGCUGCUUAUACAUGGAUGCUGAGUAAUAUUGACAGUGACUAUGAUGGAAUGGAUCUCAAGAGUGGAAAUGAAUCAGUGAGAAGUGAGAACCCACUGGUUAGCUCAAGAAUGGGGGGCAGGUCCACCAAACCUUUUACUAUCUGUAUUAAACCAUGAUGUUACAUCUUUCAAGUAAUCAACGUAUUUGCUUUUGGUAAAAAAAAGAACGACUUUGCUUC